UGCUAUUGGCCAGAAAUGCUGGGAAACUCCAGCGAGCUGAAUCCUCACACAUUCAUAUGGAGAUUUGGGAGUAUAAAUAGAGGAGCUCUGUACAGAGAUCUACAGCACAGAGAUACAGACAUGACGCCUACAAUCACUUCAGCUGUGAUCAUCUCAGAGGAACAUCUCCAUCUCAACAACAAGUUGAGAAAACCAAAAGUGGAGAAGAUGCGGAGAGAUCGUAUAAACAAAAGCAUUGAGCAGCUCAAGGAUCUUCUGGAUCCAGAGUUUAUCAAACAGCAGUCUGAUGAUACCAAGCUGGAGAAAGCAGAUAUACUGGAGAUGACAGUUAGGUUCCUGAGACACCAGCAGCAGAAGAAAAAACUGCUGAAAGACUUCCAGAACCUGCAGACAUCAUCUGAAGAGAUCAGGAGUGAAAGUGUCCUGCUUCAGCUCAACUCCAUACACCAGGACACCUUCAGUGAAGAGAUGAAUGAUAACAAGAGCGCCAUCUGGAGACCCUGGUAGAGCUCUACAGCAACUGAUACCACACUGAAAGUCUACACUAGACUGAAUAGACAUUCCAGUUUGGAAAAACUUUGAUACACUGAAGGCUUUACUUCACAAAACGUUAUAUUCACAUUGGAUAUUUGAAUACCUCAAAUAUUUUUAAAUCAUCUCGAAUUAACAUUUCUUACAGCAUUUCUGUUUAUAGAAAUAUGAAAUGGUGGAAACCAUUUUCCAUCUUUUUUGAUGGUUUUAUUAUAUUAUCUGUGCUUCAUAUUGAAGCUAGUUGUUUAUCUAAACCCAUAUGAACCUGUCGGUUAAAGUAAAAUUUCUCAUUUUGAGGCUAUAUUUCCCUUUUGGAAAAGUUUGAUAUUUGUAUAAUACACCAAUUCCUUUUGUAAGGGAAUGAAUGAAAUAUGGAUGGCAACAUUAAGUAUUCAAAUGACUCACUUAUAUUGUAUCAAUAUAAUCUGUUUGUGUAUUUGCCAUUGCAUGUGUAAUGUGAAAACAUGUUCUCUCAUUAGAGAUCUAAUAAAUUAAAAUUGUAUCCAAU